GUCACACAGUCGUUAGUGCUACUGGAAACAACACUCCGUAUGCGACUUGCGUCGCUCCAAAUAUGCGAUGGUCGACUCGGACUUGAAAGCCUCAAGCUUAAAGCUUCAGUACUGAGUACCGAGUACUUAGUACGUCUGUGAAGUGCCGAUGAAGUUUUCACGUAAAGCAAUGGUCUACAAUACGUUUGGUGAGUUACUGUACGAAAUGAAGAAAUGCGGACGUGAGUGCCGUCUCUCUAGCUGAGUGAUCAUCCAGCCUCUGACGACGAUCCAACGGUAAUUUCAUGCGGGCUUCUUUUCCAUGUAUUGCUUCCUGACGACCGAUGCCCCAUGUUCUCGGUAGCUAUAAGCUAUUUGAGAUAAUCUUUGGAUCAGUGUCGCUGUUUCAUGCCCUUUUUUUCUUAGGUGAUGCGAUAGGAUUGAAUUGCCAACUGCGGCGAUUAUGGCUUCCUCCCAGGUUUCGAGCCAUCCCACUACUCUCGUAAACCAUAUUCACCAUUCUGGGCGGUGGUGUUAAGCAAGCUCCGGCACACUGCGAUAAUGGGGGAAUGCCACGGGAAGGUGAAAGGUCUCGCCAAGAUCAGCGUGUCCUUGCGAACCCAACGAGACGGCACCACCUGCCCUUUUGUGCAUCUGACGGCCCUUCAGCUCUACGGCUCUCCGUGCGGUCUAUUCGUUGAGUAGACGCUUCUUCUUGCUAUAAAUGUGGCGAGUUCUCCACCCACCUCCUCUCCACUGGCCGUCGCAUUCACAACUUCUUGUACACGUCUCUAGGUUAUCUCACACUUGCUUUACUCUACCGUUCUGUAACACACGUUAUACCGUUACAAUGGGUUGGCGAAAUGCUUUCAAGAAACAAUACAAGCUGUUUUACAAUGCGGCCGCGCACACGAAGUUGUUAGCCGGUCUGGGAACGGCCAAAGCUGGCUCGAGGGCGUUCCCCAAUACUACCCGCGACAAAUCUGUCGGUUUCCGACUUGACUAUGGUGAACGCACAGGAGGCGGCUUGUACCGCAACUUAGUCUUGCAACUCAACAGAAAGUCCGACGUACCUACGCUCAGCAAGAAGGCUGAUGAGGACUCUCAUGCGAAGCGCUCAACCGUGAAGGUUGAGAUAGCGAACCCCCCUAGUGAUCCGGAUGCGCUCCUUGGCAUGCUCCUCGACAACGCCAUUGAUAAUUGAGAUGACGGGUAUUCCUUGCAUCGAUUUUCUGUAAUUCUCUGUGGUUCUCUCUCCGUUAUCAUCGUCUCGACCCGUCCUAUAAAUAGGUCUGUACAAUAGUUGAAGUCAAUAGCCGUCCAAUCCCCGCUCUAUGAAUGCACCUACCCCGUUACCUCGAAUGAUAUUUUAGUUUGGCCCAAAAACAUAUCUUCUGAAUUUUGCCGGCACACGUCAGUCUGAGGU